AUUCUACCUCUCUGUACAUUUUUUAAGGGCAGAACUCUGUCUCAGUCGCAACAAGCUCAGAUGACCACUCGACUGCAGCAUAUCAGAGACCACAUACUUGCGGAAAAUAAGUGUAUGGACAUGACCAGUCCUCUGCCAAGUCCCCUCACCACACACGUGCUAAAUACUGGCAUGGGUGUACCAGGGGCUGGGAUGGCCCUCAGUUUGCAUCGCCUAGACCCUGUUACAUCAGCCUGGAGCCUCAUCACAGCGGGGACGACAAAUGAUGAUGGACGGUGCCCUGGACUCAUCACCAGAGAAUGUUUCACUCCAGGAGUUUAUAAAAUUCGCUUUGAGUCUGGGCAGUACUGGGAAGGCUUGGGUGAAACCUGUUUCUAUCCAUACAUAGAGAUUGUCUUCAACAUCACUGAUGCUGCCCAGAAGUUCCAUGUGCCGCUUCUCCUGAGCCGUUUCUCUUAUAGCACCUACAGAGGGAGCUAGAGGGCCUUUGAUAACAUUGUUUAUCUGUUACCAACUUGAGUUGUACUCAAUCCCUUCAUUACCGGGUCAUAUUCAUCUAGCGUAUUUAUUUUUCUCUAGCAACAAUACACCUGUAUUACUCUACUGCAUUUUGGAAUGUUACUUCAAAAUUGAUCAUAAAUAUGUCUACACAACGUUAUUAAAGGUGCCAAUGCUUA